AUGUUUUCAAUCUUGACAACAACACUAGUUUCACUGGCCAUUCUGCAUCAAAGAAUCUUGUGCACUUUUGAAGAACUUGAAGAUUCUUUGAUUGCAUCAUCUGAAUAUGCUACUCCAAACAAUAUACCAGAGAUUGACACCUCCUUAUCCCUCAUUCCUGGCUCUUCUAGCAAGAAAUACCCUGUGAAUAGAGAGUCUUUUACAAGACAAGAUGGGCAACAUGACUGGUUUGAAUUGAAUGAAGAAAAAAGAAAAGACCUUCAGACACUUCAAUUAAUCCCUCUUCACACAGAAAACCUAUUGCAAGAAACAAACAAUAUUGUCAACAACUUUCCUGGAAUGCACACAUCAACUAAAAACCUAAAUGAUCAACAAGGCAAGACAUUGAUAGGUGCCAAUGAGGAUGUGGUCCUUAGCCUGGGAAUACCUCAACAACAAUUGUCAAUGCUGGUAAAGUAUCAUAAAUCCUACUUCAUUGAUGGACCCCACCAAGGACCAAAUGAACAAAUUGUCAGAAUAGACCUCUCACAAACCUGUUGUGGCUUUUCUGCAGUUUAUGAUAUGAGAAACAGACCAGGAAACAAGAGGCACUAUUCAGAAGUGGCAUUCCAUGGUUCCACCACAAAUGAUGGUCCUCAUGCAAUCAAGAUGCAUCUACUCAAACCGACUUUGAAAAUUGACUUAAUCAUACCAGAAAGGAUGUGGGACUUCAAUGACCUUUGUCACUCAAUGCAACCAAACCAAGUAAGUGGAUAUGCAACCACCAUCAAGGUACUUGGAGACCUGCGUCAAGAUUGGAUUGAAGCUCUUGAAAGGGAAGGUGAAGGAUUUGUGACAAAUUUAUGUAGUAUUUUAACUCAACAAGAUCACCAUCUACUGAAGAAAGAAGCUAUAAGGAACAUGAUAAGCCUUUUUCAUGGGAUUUGGAUACGACAAAGUGCAGUUGCAGAGCUUUUCAAGAUUCAAAAUAGGACUCAAGAUUUACAAAUUCACAGUUUUGAAUCAUUAGCUUCUAUUCUUCAAAAUCAUGAAUUUACUUUGGCACCAUUAUCUCUAUUGAAGAGAAAACCAUCAUCUGGACAUGUUCAGAAUGAAUAUUUUAGACUUUUCAAUUUUAUUCAUACUUCUCCUAGACAAACUAAAACCAAAAAGAACAUUCUUUUUCAUCUUCAAUGUGGCAUUUUGAACAAGUGGAAUUUCAUUGAAUAUCAAAAGUUAAAUGGUGACAUUUUCAAACAUGAAGACAAAGAUUUGCCCUCUUUUGAGAAUGAUUCAGCCUUGAGAAAAAUCUUUCAAGAGCAUGAUUCUAUCUUCUACAACAACUAA